AUGAUCUUUGAUGCCCUGUUCGGAGGUGCUUUGACCAUACUCGUUGAGCAAACGAACAUAUACGCCAAAGAAACCAAAAAGAAAGCUUGGCAGGAUACCGCAGCUGAAGAAAUGAAAGGAUUCCUAGAUAUUCUCAUCAGAAUGGGCAUUCUUCAACUUCAAAACAGACGGGACUACUGGUCCACGGACAGCGACCUCGGAGUGGCAUCAGUUAGCCCAGUGAUGCCAAGAGCACGACUUUUUCAGCUUCUUCGAUCACUGCAUGCCAACGACAACAAGACAGCGACUAGAAAAGGAGACGUCGGCCAUGUCCCUUUGCACAAACUUCGACCUCUUAUCACAGAGCUCUCCGAAACAUUCAGAGCUAGCUACCAGCCAUCUGCAUACCACUCAAUUGAUGAGAGUAUGAUUCUGUUCAAAGGAAGGAAGUCAUUCAAACAGUAUAUGCCCAUGAAGCCUAUCAAAUGUGGGUUCAAAGUAUGGGUGCUUGCUGAUGCUACAACUGGCUUUAUUAACCAGUUCGAAGUCUACACGGGCAAAGAGGGCGAUGGCGGUGGGCUCGGCUACAGGGUAAUCCAGAAAUUCACUGAGGAACUUGUCGGGACGGAGUGUCUGGUAGUGUUCGACAACUUUUUUAGUUCACCCGAACUCAUGCAGGACCUGUUUGACCACGGGAUAUAUGCCGUGGGAACUGUCCGUGCACAAAGAAAAGGUCUUCCUGAUGUUGUGAAGAACAAAAAGAAAAUCAAUGAAGGCGACCACAACUACAAGGUGAAGGGAAAUGUUGCUGCGAUCCAGUGGCAAGACAAGCGGCUAGCCAACGUAGUAACAACAGACCACGAUCCUUCAGAGACGGUAACAGUGGAAAAGAAAAAUAAGGACGGGUCAAAGAGAAGCAUCAAGUGUCCACUAGCGAUUGUGCAGUACACGAAGCACAUGCGGGGAGUAGACCGCUUUGAUCAGCUGCGAGAGUAUCACACCGUUACUCAUCUGCCCUACUCGCAAAUAACACCUUCAUAA